GUACAAUCAAACUCAUACUCUCCAGGUGAGCGUAUUUGAUCGAUAUCCAAUCGACGCAUAUGACUUGGUUUGUUCAUUUGUCGACACACCAUGGUGAUCGUCGGGGCGGCAAGCGCUCGCGCCGCGUUCAUCGAUCGCUCUGACCGAGCUCUGGUCACUCGGAAACCGUGAUCAUGCCUUAUGAUACGACUUGGUUUAUAACACGUAGCGUUUGAGAAACAUUCGGUGUCGGAUAGAGAAUUAAUCGAUACUUAGGCAGGUUGAACGAUAUGAAGGAGUGUUAAAGCCAAAACGUUUAGGACGCUUAGGAGAAGUGGUUGAAGAGAUCGUAUGGCUUUUGGAGCGAAUCUCUUAGAAAAAGUUUUCUGCAAAAUAUUCCAAAUCAUCUGCAGCCGGUAGGAGAGAGUACAGCCAGAGUACAAUAUUGACAGUCUGAAAAAGUAAACGCGGAGGCGAAUAAUUCGUCUCAGAUAAAUCUGCAAUGGGCCAAUCGCUCUGAUCUAAAAAGUAAACAAGACUGAUAAAUACAUAAAUAUAUUGCAGGACAGAACAAUUCGAACGGGGAAUUCUUUCUCACCAAACUUUCAAUAGGACAAACAAAAAUACAUUGAUACAAUACGAGAUUCCCGAAGACGCCCAUGGCUACGUAUAUUGUUGAUCCACAUUUCCGGAGAGGUAGAUUUAGUAAGAUGCCGUUCAGCAAUUACACGGAGUUGAAUACUGCCGCUACGGAGUUGUUAAAGCACGCUGUUAUACACGAAAGAGCGAGACAUUGGUCCAAGGCCGUCCAAUGUUAUCGCCGACUGGCACUAAUGAUCACCAGGGAAAACUUCCCUCCAAAUUACGUACCGCGGUCGGGUUAUGGGCUAUUGCUGUACGAAGUCCACUUCCAUCUUGGCUGGGCCCUACAACAACUCGGCGAAGACAGAAAGGCCGUCCGACAUUACACCAAGUCCCUCGAUGCCAUCGGCUCGCCAAAGAAUGGCUGUGCUGCAGGUUGCUUUGCCAAUUCCUGUCUAAUGACGCCAGUCUUCGCCAGGAGAGCGUUUGCUUAUGCGAGAAUAGGGGAUUUCCGUCACGCUGGUAAUGAUGCUGAAAAUGCGGUAAUUCUGGAUAACAAAAAUCCCGACGUGUUUUGUAUUCGUGCCUUGGUUAGAAGUUCUGAAGACAAAGAUAAGGAGGCUCUCAGAGACCUUCAUCAAGCAAUAAAGCUCAAUAGAAAACACCUGUGUGCGUUAAUACUGAGGGGCAGCCUGGACAAAAAUGAUGAUCUUAGCAUGGUCAACAAUCACUCUGUUGGAGAUGAAGUAAAGAAGACAAAUACAGAUCACGAAGUGGCGACAAAGACGAACCCAGAAUGCCGUUAUUUUUUGGAUGUGACCAGCUUCAAACAUCCAAACAUCAUGGACUUUUUCCAACGGUUUCUAUUCUCGCUGAACAUACCUCACAUUGUCGUUCACGUAGAUGUGAGGCCAGACAACAGCAAUGGGCCAACGAAGAGUAACAAAGCAACAAAUGGUUUUGUUUCGCCCAUGAAAUUCCUUCAACCAUCCCAAGAAUCGGAAACAGUCAAACGGCCAUGGCGGUGCGGAACGACCGCCAUUACUGAUUAUGAUUCUGAUGGCGCCACUAGGCGGCGUGGUGAAUAUGGUGACGUAGUUCGACAGUUUGCUCUUCGCCCUCGGACUGCCGAGGAGUCCAUCGAGAAGCUAAAGAACGAUUUGAAAAUGAAGGCGUUGCGGCAAACAUAUCAAUAUGCCUCUGAGAAAAACAGUCGGUUGUCGAGAAAAUCCGGAAGUACAGAGAGCGUGGAGGAACGAGAGCAACCUCGGAGCCGGUCUACGGUCCCUGUGUUCCAGUCAGUCAAUAUCAAAGAUGCUCCGAGGAUGUAUUACAGGCCUUGGGCUGGUGAUAGAAUACCAGUGGCGGAGGUAAACCGGCCGCAGUCCUUGCCAAUAUUUCGGUGAUAAGGAGAGGAACACCAGCACUACCCGUGCUAGUUUAGCGUAACUCCUCAUACUUGGUUAGUUCACGGCAUCCAGUUCGUUAGACACCACCACGACGUUGCAAAGUGUACAGCAUAACUAAACUGCACUCUAUUCGCGAAGAGGGGAGGCACUAAGAAGCGGGGCGGCUUUAAAGAAACAUUGCACCGGACUGACCGAAUACUUCAUGUUUGUCACAUACAGGUUUUCAACUUCUAAUCAACUGACGAUUCUCAGAUGCCCGAAUAAAGUGUAAAUAAAAGACAAACUCAACAAUCAUUUUUCAGGUUCGCACUCAUGAAUAUGUUUUGGCAAUGCUGUGGUGAUCUGCACGGUAGUCUCACAUUGCAAGCCACUGUCGAUUCACAUCGUUUUGUACCAAAUGUUUUUGAUAGCACUGUUGUAUGAAUAACACUGAUGUUUAAAGAACGCCGACGACUUAUAUCUUAUAUUGCUCGAUCCUGUACAGAAACGUCCAUGCAAAAAUGUUAACGUCUCAGGGCGAUGUUACAUAUGAUUCACGUUGUGAAUGGUCAUGAUUCACUUGUCACGAGUUAACUAGCUUAGGCUUGAGAACACGGCGUGAGGGUGAAAAG